GUGGAGCCUCUUUGUUGGGAGGAAACACGGCUAAACAAGUGACGACGCAGGCUUGACUUUCAGCGAAAUCUACAGAAAAACAAGUUAUUAAACAUCGUAAAACGUAAACUCAACGUUGCGUCGUGUUUUAAGGGUCGUAGCGUGAGGGGGAGAUGGCGGCGGUCCUGCUUCAGGUUCUGGAGCGGACCGAGUUGAAUAAGCUCCCGAAAGGCGCGCAAAACAAGCUGGAGAAGUUCAUAACGGAGCUGCGAAAUGCUAACGAGGAGCUGCAGACGCAGCGCGAGCGCUUCAAAGCGGACAGCGAACAGCAGUAUUUUGAUAUUGACAAGAGACUUGCGGAGAGUCAGGAACAGAUCCUGUCUGCCACGAGAGACGUACAGACCCUCAAGGAAGAAAAUAACAAACUCAAUGAAGAACUGAGCACUCUGAAGGGAAUAGAGGGAGAGACGGCUGAAGAUAAACCUCCACAACAGCAAACAAAGGCCAAGUAUGAGCUUGAGGCAGAGAAGAGAGAGCUGGCGAGGCUCCUGGAGAAGAGAAAGCAGGAGGUGGAAAACCUCACUGACGAUAUGAAACGACUGAAUGAGAAGCUGACAGAGACCAACAAAGUAAAGACGGAGCUGCAGCUCAAACUGGACGGCAUUCAGUCAUCUGAAGCUUCUGUGCAGCACCGAGAGAAGCGCAUGGAGCAGGAGACAGAGUUGCGUGAGAAGAAGAUCGAGUGGUUAACGGAAGAACUGAAGGUCAAAACGGAAGAACUGCUGAACACCAACAGAGAGAAAGGAAAGGAGAUACUGGAAUUGCAAGGGUGUCUGAAGAACAGCAAGGAGCAGGUGACCAGAUUGGAGGGACAGCUGACUUCCCUGAAGCAAACCAGUGAAAGACAGAAUGAAAGAGCCGAGGACCUGAACAACAAACUCAAACAGGCUAAAGACGAGCAGAGUGCCAUGGAGGAGAAAUACCGCAAUGAGCUCAACGCUCAUGCCAAGUUGUCUUCCCUCUACAAGGGGGCAGCAACAGACCUGGAGACAAAGAAUCAAGAGCUGAGCAGAGCUGUAGAAGAGCUCAGCAAGCUGGUUAAAGACUCUGGAGAAGCCAAUAAGACCCUCGAGAAGAAGGCGUCGGAAAUGGCGGAUCUAAAUACGCGGCUGGAGGCGGAGCAUACAGAGAAGAUCAAGAAAAUGGAGAAGGACCUGGAGACCGCCACGAUGAAGGCUUCUGGAAAACACUGCUGUGCGCCCUCUCUGACCGAGGAGCAAUUGGACGCCAUGUGUCCAUCGGCAGCAGCCAUUGCUGCUAUCGUAAAGCCCGCCAUGAAGUUCUUUGAUCUGUACAAUGCGUAUGCAGAAUGUCAGACGCAGCUUCAGCUGGAGAAGCAGGAGACCAGGAGGGUGAGCCGAGUUCUGGAUGAGAUCGUCCUGGAGGUGGAGUCCAAGGCCCCGGUCCUCAAGCGCCAGCGAGAGGAGUACGAGAGCAUGAAGAGGUCCAUGGCCUCCCUGUGCAACAAGCUGGAGCAGGCUCGAACGGAGAUCUACAGUUUGCAGAAAGAAAAAGAAGAGGCCAAGCAGCGCUGUGACAGCAUGGAGAGAGAAAAGCUGAGGAUAGAGAGGCAGUUAGAGGAUACAUCUACACAGGUCUGUUCUCUUCUGGUGGAGCUGGAGGAAGCACGAGGUAAUCAGGUGACCCGUGAAGACGGCAGCUCCGCCAACAUUUCCAGCACUUCUGAGGUCAUCAGUCCGCGCCAGCUCUCCUUCCGCAGUGUGGAGGAGCUGCAGAGGCAGAACCAAAGCCUGCUAAAACAGCUGAGGGAGCUGGAGGAGGAGAAGGAGCGACAACAGAGCCAAGUGACAUCAGCGCGUGUGUCGGAGUUGGAGGCCGGCGUGGGCAAGCUUCAGAAGGAGGUGGAGCAGCUGAAGGAGCAGAGGAACCAGCAGAAGCAGCUGGCCGACUCCAGCGCCAGACAGAGGGACAUGUACAAGGCCCUGCUGACGCAGAGCACCGGCUUCAGCCUGCCUCCUCAAGGUGAAUACUUUACAUUUUGGCCUUUUUUCAAAAUUCAGCAUUAUGGGGUUUACAACCGCUUUCCUGUGUCUGCAGUCCCUGAGUCUUCAUCCCACGGAGCACCCGUUAGACCGCCAUUGCCGGCUACUCGCUCUGCUCCUCAGAGAGCCACGGCCGAGUCGGCGCAGCCCGCUCAGGCUAAAGCUGCCUUAAAACAGCUGAGCGACUCCUUCGCCCUGUACAAGAAGGAGAAGGCCGAGAACGACCGGAUGUUGAACGAAACCAACGAGCGGUUGCAGAAGCAGCUGACGGACCUCGGCUCCAGCCACGCCAAGCUCACCUCGCAGCUAGAGUUUAGCAGCAAGAGGUACGAGAUGCUCCAAGACAACGUGUCAGCCUACCGUAGAGAGAUCUCGGCCCUGCAGGAAAGGAACCAAAAGAUGUCUGCCACGGCCCAACAGCACGAGCAGGUGAUCCACACGAUGAGCCAGGACCUGCGGCAGGCCAACGAGAAGCUGGCGCUGGAAGAGGUGCGCGUGGAGAACAUCACCAAAGAGCGAGACAUGUUGAGACAAGCGGAGAGUCGACUCAGUCGAGAGAAGGAGGCUGUGCUGGCUGAGCAACGGAACCAGAACCUGCUGCUGACCAACCUCAAGUCCAUACAGUUGACCAUGGAGCGGACAGAGUCACAGACACACCAGCGGCUGAACGACAAGAUUGAGCAUCUGGAGGCAGAAGUGGCUUCAAUGAAGACAAGGCUGGACCAGGAAGUGGCGCAGAGACACGCCCUUGGACGCACUAUGGAUGCCCAGUUGUUGGAGGCAAAGAAACAGCUGGAGACUCAGAACACCUUGCAGCAAAAGACCAGGGAGCUGCUGCGCGGCGCUGAGCAGCAGGUGGCGGCGCUGAAAGCCCAGCUGGCCUCUGCUUCGUCCUCUGAGGCCGUCCCUGCCCCCGGCAAUGCCAGCACACCGGCCUCCAGGGCCGCAGGCCUCAGAGCACCGCUCCGAGUACGCUCUCCAGUACCGACAGUCUCCCAGCAGCUCAGCCAAUCAGAGCAGGAGGUUGCCGAGGUGAAGAGCUCCCUCCGUACUGCUGAAGAACAAAAUGGCGAGCUGAGGGAGCAGCUGAAAAACGCUAACGCUACUGUGGAGCAGUACAGGGCAGUGGUGCUGACUCUGGAAGACAGUCUGAAGAAAGAAAAGGAGUCCCGGUGUCCUCUGGAGCUUCGGCUGAAGGAGUCCGAGGAGGUGCAGAAGCAGCUGGAGAAGAGGAUUUUAGAGGGGGAGAAAAUGAAGCAGCAGGAGCGAGAAGAGAGGAGGAAGGCCGUGGACGCAGUGGAAAAACAAGUAUGUGAGCUGCAGCGCAUGCUGAAGUCCAGACAGGCAGAGCAGCAGGAGGCGCUGGAGAGAGCUGCUGCUGCUGUCACAAUGGAGCAGAAGGCCAUUCAGGACAGCCAGCUGCAGACUAAGCUAGCUGGAGAGGCGCAGGCCAAGUACGAGCGGGAGCUCAUGCUCCAUGCUGCGGACGUGGAGGCCCUGCAGGAAAUGAAGAAAAGGUCGCAGCAGAACGCAGCGCAAAGGAGGGAACUGGAGGAGCAGUUGAAUAAGACCUCAUCCCUCCUGCAUGAGAAAACCGUAGCUUUGAACACAACUGAGAGUCGGCUGAAGGAGGAUCUGGCCAAUAAGACCCGUUGCUGUGCAGAGCUGGGGAAGCAGAACAGUCUUCUGCAUCAACAGAUGGAUGAAAUGGCCUCCAGGAGUCGUCAGCAGCAAAGCCAGCAGCAGGAGCAGCAGCUGGAGCUGUCAUUCACUGAGGAGGGGAAGACCACCGAGCAAAUACUGGAAAUACUACGGUUUGUGCGGAGUGAGAAGGAGAUCGCCCUGGCUCAGUGCGAGGCCUCUGACAGAGAAGCUCUUCGCUACAAACAGCGAGUGGAGCACCAAGAUAGAGAACUGAAGGAGCUGCAGGAGGCCCUGAACGCAGAGAGGGAGAAAAUGCAGGCUACAGCAAAGACUCUAGCCCAGCAAGAGGAGCAGCUGAAGAAGAUGGAGACCAUCAGCACUCUGCAAGAAACCACCCGGAUGCUGAAAAUGGACCGAGACAAACUGGAACAGGAGCUCCUGCAGGCACAGGCCAAAGUUAGUAAGCUGCAGUCCGACAUCAGCCCGCUGCAUCACUCCCUGUCCAUGCUGUCUGAGAAGAAUGGCCUCCUGCAGGCUGACAAGAGGAUUCUGGAGGAAGACCUGAAACGCUGGAAGGCCAAAACUCAGCAACUGGUCAGUCAACAGAAAGACGGCGACGUGGAGGAGCGACAGAAACUCACCACUGAGAGGGAAGCUCAGCAGAGACGCAUCACACAGCUCGCUGAAGAGACGGGAAAGCUGAAGAAUGAACUGGCGAGAUCCAGCGCCAGCAGUAACUCGGCUCAGUCUCAGCUGCAGGCCUUCAGAGACUCUGUGGCCCGUCUGACGUCUGAGAGAGACACUCUGAAGAAAGACGUGGAGACUAAGAACAAGGAUAUUCUGGAGAAGAACAAGACCAUCACCCAGGUGAAGAAGAUUGGACGACGCUACAAGACUCAGUACGACGAGCUCAAAGUCCAGCACGACAAGCUGGUUGUGGAAACUGCUGCUAAAGCAGGAUUUGAAGCUGGACCAAGCCAGGAGACGCUGCAGGAAGUGACUAAAGCCCAGGAGGAGCUCAAAAGGGCCACAGAGGAGCUGAACGCGCUGAAAGAGGAGGCGCAGAAAAAGCUGGAAGAGGUCCAGAAGAACCAACAGGAGCUGCAGGAGGCCAAGAAGGAAAUCCAGCAAAGCAAGGAGAAGUUCCAGGAGGUCCAGAACAAGCUGACGCAGGUCCAGUCCCAGUUGUCUCAGACCCAAACUCAACAGCAGCAGAAUCAGAACCAGCUGACCCAGAGUCAGAAGGAGCUUCAGCAGGCAAAGAGCCACAGCCAGCAGUUACAGAACCAGCUGAAGUCAGCGCAGUCUCUUGCCCAGAACCGUCACAACCAGAAUCAGCAGAUCCAGAGGGAACUUCAGCAAGCUAAAGAGGCCCUUCAGCAGAACAUCACAAAUCAGAAAGAGCUGCAGCAGACCCACCAGAGCAGUCAGCAGAGCCACAACCAGGAAGUCGGCAACCUCAAGGUGGCUCUCAGCCAAGCUGAGAGCAAGGUGACGGAGCUUCAGGGCCGCAUGGACAGCCAACAGAAGCUGGUUGGCGAGCAUGAGGCAGACAUCAAGCGUCUGCAGGAGCAGCUCAAAGAGGCUGCAAAGCCGGCUAGCCAGGGUUCCCAGUCCAACCAGCCCUGCGAUGCCACCGCUGCUAGUGAAGCUAACCAAGCGCUCCAAGAGGAACUGUCAAAGCUCAGACAAGAGCUGUCUGACAGCAAGAGAAUAGAGGAGCAGCUCAGACAGCAGAUUGCUGAAAAAGAGGAGAAGACCAAGAAGGUCUUCAUGGGAGCCAAGACUAAAAUCAACCAACUAAACAGUGCUAAGGAGCAGCUAAGUAGGGAGAUUGAGGAGGUCAAACAGAGCAAGGAUGAGCUGGAGGUGAGGAUGAACGCCCUCAAGUCGCAAUACGAAGGACGGCUUCUUCGGCUGGACAGAGAGCUGAGGGAGCUGAAAGAGAGCCACGCCCAGUCGGAGCCCAGAGAGGAGCCCCAGGACCAGAGUGGAGCGAAGGGGGUUGACCAGGCCAGAUCUGCAGACCAGAGACAGAUCUCUUUGAAGAAUCCCACCCAGGACAGAGGAAGCUCCAGCCAGUCUGACCCUCCCACUGCCAACAUCCGCCCCACUACAAGCACUCCGUCUCCGAGCAACAAGCCCAGCCCCUCCUCUGGGAGCAAGGCCACACCCCGAGCCAGCAUCCGGCCAAUGGUUACCCCGGCAACCGUCCCCGUCCCAACACCGACAGCCACUGUCAUGCCGACCACACAGAAUGACAGUCACGAGGCAGCACUGAUUAGUUCGGGAGCCUCUGUUCACUCCACCGGCUCCAAUCUGGCAAACACGUCAAUGAGUCAGCCAACCAGUACCCAGAACACCGCUUUUGUCCAGCCCACCCAGCAGCAGACAGCCAAUCAGGACGCAGGCUCUAGUAUGGAGGCAGAGCGACCGUCCACGUCGUCAUCCCUGAGUGGAACAGCAGGUUCAAAGCGUGGCAGAGACGAAGGGGAUGAGGAAGAGGAGAGUUCCAGACCAGAGACUUCACACACGCCUCCAACCAGCAAAAAACCAUGCCUAAAACCAACAACAGCGCUGCAGAUGGAAGGUGAUGAGGAAAUUGAAGGAGAACUAAGGGAUGAGGGAGAAGGACAAGAUUCACCUGACGACAGUCAGGAACUUCCGGAGGAUUGUUUCCCCGCUUUGGUCGAAGAGCACCAGGACGUCGAGGAAGAAGGCGCGUCCCAGUCUGUCCCCUCUGAUCUGAUGUCUUCUCAGGGCUCUGCCCUCAUUCGGGAAGUCAUCGUGAUCGACACGGACAGUGAGAGCCAUGAGAGCAAAGAAGGGGAAGAGCAGCAGCAGCAGGAGGAGAAGGAGGAUGAAAAUAAAGAUAAAGAGGAGGAGGAGGAGGAGGAGGAGGAGGAUGAAGAAGACAAUGACACGUACAAGGAGGAGUGCGAUGAAGACGAGGAUGAUUCUGGUGACAGCGGGAUCAGGGGAGGAGAAGAAGACAACGAGGAGAGCAGGGACGCAGAUCAGGAGGGGGGGGAGGGCGAGGCGUCAGAAGCAUCCAACCCCGAGGAGACGGCGUGCGGCGACUCCCAGCAUGCCUCUGAGGCGUCACACAGCAACGAUGGAAGCAGUGGUGCCACAUCGGAGUCCGACGCCCUCGGAGACCCCGUGCACUUCCCCCCGACCUCCUGUGCACCCUCUCCCUCCCUCACGCCCCGUCUCCCCCACCCACGUAGGCCCCCGCACCCGCUCCCACCGCGGCUCUACAUCCAACCGCCGGCUCCAGAGCUGGGACCCCCCCACACACAGAGACCGUCUUCUCAGCUGCGCAGACCCUCAUUAGGACGUGGACCUCAACUGACCCCUGGAAUAGGCAGUAUGCAACAUUUCUUUGACGAUGACGACAGAAUGGUUCCCAGUACUCCCACUCUGGUGGUCCCACACCGCACGGAUGGCUUUGCUGAGGCGAUACAUUCUCCUCAGGUCGCAGGUCUCUCCACCAGGUUCAGGUUUGGACCUCCGGAAGACUUGCUGCCUCAGACAUCCGCCUCACACUCUGACCUGGGACAGCUAGCCUCUCAAGGAGCUGUGUGUGAAGGUCUGGGGAUGUACGAGUCCCCCCUGUUCCUGGCUGCUCACGAUGAAGAUGGAGGAGGAAGGAGUGUCCCCACCACACCGUUGCAAGUGGCUGCACCAGUGACUGUCUUCACAGAGUCUCUACCCUCAGACGGUUGCGACAACAUGGCGUCCCAGUCGGUUCCCAUGGUAACCACCUCCACUGGGAUGGCUUCUGCUGCAGAUGAUGGGGACGAAGUUUUCAUGGAGCAGGAUGGAGAGGGGCCGGGUACAGAGCCCUCUUUGGAGAGCCAGACAGAAAUGGACUCAACAGGGCAGCAAAGUGAUGACUCAUCACUGCCGUCUACCAGCCACGACCCCGACACCAGCAGCGCCACCCAGCGGCGCACUGUUCCCAGUCUGAGCAUCCCGCCGGGCAGGGGAACCCGGGGAGGGAGGAUGGAGGCCAGGACGCUACUCAGCCGCAGAGGCACUUUCUUCCGUGGAGGAAGGGGAGGAGCCAUGGGCAGAGGCGGCUUUGCCUGAUGAUGAUGAUGAGCUGAAGAGUAGCUCGAGUAGCAGGCUCUUCAAAUAAGGGAAUGAAAAGACAAAGCUUGUUAACCACCUUUUUGUUUAAUUUUAAAAUAUUCAGGAUGAAAAAUGAAUAUCUGCGAUACGUGUGGUUCUACGGACACAUUGUGAGUGUCUAGUUUGUCAUUUUUACAUUUAUUCAUGGUCAUUUAGUUGGUAUCUUCAUAUUGCUGUUUGGACUGUUAUUAAACU